AGCCACCAUUCUUCUCUCAUUCUACUUUUCCAGAUCUAGAAGCCGAUCGUCUCUGUUGAGCAUCUGACCACACUUGCAUUCCUUCAAACGCUUCACGGCGCUCACGGUACUGAGUAUGGCGACCAUCAUCUGCACACGCUUUACAGAGGAAUACCAGCUGUUUGAGGAACUGGGAAAGGGUGCAUUUUCCGUGGUGCGGAGAUGUGUGAAAGUUCUCUCAGGGCAAGAGUAUGCUGCCAAGAUCAUCAAUACAAAGAAGCUGUCUACUCGGGAUCACCAGAAGCUAGACAGGGAGGCUAGAAUCUGCAGACUUCUCAAACACUCCAAUAUUGUACGGCUACAUGACAGCAUCUCAGAAGAGGGUCACCAUUACCUCAUCUUUGACUUAGUAACGGGUGGUGAGCUGUUUGAAGACAUUGUUGCCAGGGAAUAUUACAGUGAAGCAGAUGCCAGUCAUUGCAUUCAACAGAUUUUGGAGGCAGUUCUUCAUUGCCAUCAGAUGGGAGUCGUCCAUAGAGAUUUGAAGCCAGAGAACCUACUUCUUGCCUCUAAGUCCAAAGGUGCAGCUGUGAAGUUAGCAGACUUUGGCCUUGCAAUUGAGGUUGAAGGGGACCAACAGGCCUGGUUUGGCUUUGCGGGCACUCCUGGUUACCUGUCCCCUGAAGUCUUACGGAAGGACCCUUAUGGAAAAGCUGUAGACCUGUGGGCAUGUGGUGUGAUUCUCUAUAUUCUGCUGGUUGGAUAUCCACCAUUCUGGGAUGAAGACCAACACCGUCUCUAUCAGCAAAUUAAAGCUGGGGCAUAUGAUUUUCCAUCACCUGAGUGGGACACAGUCACUCCAGAGGCCAAAGAUCUAAUAAAUAAAAUGCUGACCAUCAACCCAUCCAAACGCAUCACUGCGGCCGAGGCUCUCAAACAUCCAUGGAUCUCACAUCGCUCCACUGUUGCAUCUUGCAUGCACAGACAGGAAACUGUUGAAUGUUUGAAGAAGUUCAAUGCAAGAAGGAAGCUAAAGGGUGCCAUUCUCACGACUAUGCUGGCCACCAGAAACUUCUCAGGAGGAAAGAGUGGAGUGAGCAAGAAGACAGAUGGUGUGAAGAAAAGGAAGUCCAGUUCCAACACCCAGCUGAGGGAAUCAUCCGAGAGCACCAACACCACCAUUGAGGAUGAGGAUACAAGAGUGAGGAAACAGGAGAUCAUCAAAGUUACUGAACAGCUCAUUGAAGCCAUCAGCAAUGGAGAUUUUGAGAAUUACACGAAGAUGUGUGAUCCCAGUGUAACAGCAUUUGAGCCUGAAGCUCUGGGAAAUCUGGUGGAGGGGCUGGACUUCCAUCGCUUCUACUUUGAGAACUUGUGGUCAAAGAACAGCAAGCCUGUUCACACCACCAUUCUGAACCCUCACAUUCAUCUGAUUGGCGAGGAGGCCGCCUGCAUUGCCUACAUCCGCAUCACGCAGUACCUCGACGUAAACGGCAUGCCGCACACUGCCCAAUCAGAGGAGACGCGGAUCUGGCACCGCAAAGACGGCAAGUGGCAGAUUGUUCAUUUCCACCGCUCUGGUGCUCCCUCUGCCAUCACCAAAUAAGAGAGUCAGUGGUGUAUAAGAGUUGCAGAAUUAUUCGCUUGAGGAUGUACUAGCCCACAGCUUUGCAUCUUUUACUUGAACUUCAUUGGCCCUACCCUUUACAGUGUAAUUUACAUUUGCUUAUAUUACUCAACACAUUUCUUAAUGGAUAAACUGAUUCAAGUCACAUUCUGCUGUUUUUGCCACAUGUGGCAUUAAUGGUUCUGUUUCAAAGAUUAAGUGAUUUACUGAUGGAUCAUACAGAUGAAGGGAAGUUUACAGCCUGUCAGGGAGUAAAACUAAACAAUUUCUUAGAAUAUCUUGUAUAUUUUUACAAACUUAUUGGCCAUCUUUUUGAUCAAGACCUAUAUUUUCAAAAACUGCUUAGGUACAGUAUUGUCACAUAAAAUGAAUACUUGAGACAAGCAUGGAGAAAUUCUUUAAUUCCAAAAGAUUUUUUGACUGACUAUGUUUAUAUAUCUGAACUAAAGUGGUAUGUUUAAAAUCCCUCAUUUACAUUGUAGAGUACUGUAAAUUAAGUAUUUAGAGAAUAGAUAAGUAGAAUAAGUACAUUUGCCAUGAUUUGAUAAUUGUUUUUGUGAUGACCCCAAAGAAUGUAACUGUUUGUGAUUCAUGCUGUCAUGUGACAGAAAAUUGGAAAUAUCAACCCAGCCCAAUUUCCAGAAGUUCACCACUGAACAUUUUCUAGUGUGUACUAACAGAGCUUUAGUGAAGUGCAUUUAACAUUUAAUAGCCCUUGAAAUCAAAGCUGCAUCUAUGGCAAAAACAUGAUCAAAAGUGAUUGAUCAUGAUUAAAUCCAACCUGCACAACAAAGCGUUGGUUAAAGUUAAGUGUGGCAUUUAUGAUGGGGUUAUCAAGAAAGUACAAUGUUUUGAAUAUGAAAUCUUUGAUCAAGGUUGUUCUCCAUCCCUGGCCUGAUGUGUCGUGCUCUGAGCACUUCAAUAAAGUUCUUCCACUCAAAAGAGCCAUUACAUUUGCUCUUCCUUUUUGUAUUUAGGGUUUAGCCUCUAUGUUUGAGGGGGACAAUAACACAAGACACUGUCAUGCCAGCUAACGUGAAUGGCAACAUUUUGUUGAAAUCUGCCAUCUGUCUGCAGUCAACAUUAGUUUUUAAUAUAUUAUAAGUGUUACCUCAUUGCAGAUACAUAUUUACACACUGUCACCUUUAAUUCCAGUGUGAUGAUAGUAAUUCUAUUUGUAAUAUAUAAAGUUUUUUUUUUGUUUUGUUUUUUGUCAUAAUAGCUCCAAAGGAUAUAUUUGAUUCCUGGGUUUAACUUAUUCAAAUUAAAGGGCUGUAUUGCACUCUACGGAGAGAGAGAGCUUACACCAAAUACAUUCUAAUUAGUAAAUAAUCAGCUUUGCCGUUCUUAAAUGUUACAAAGUAAUUAGAAUGCAUUUUCUAUCAACAAUGAUGUAAACCGUUAGGGAAGUGUUACUUUAAAUUAUGUGUGAUGGUCAAGACCCUACAUUUGUACCUUUUUGAUAUUGUAUUCAAAGUAUUGCAGUUUCUGGGCUGUUGAAAUCAGCCUUUCGCUGUUGUAAGCAGAAAAAGUGCUAUUCAAUACAGUCUUUCUGUCUUAUCUGAAAAAUUAAAGUAUUAACACCUGUAUACAUUUUUGACCUUUCCCUCUUACAUGCACAUAUAUGUUCAGAUUUAAUAAACCAGUUACAUUUUUAUUAGUGCAGUCACUGAUAAACAGUUACAUUGUAAGAUUAAGGAAUUUUUUCUUUUUACAGUCUAAAACAAUCUGAACUAUUAUAUUAGCAGAUUACUUAAAGGUGUCAUAUUGCUGGUUCUUAGUCUUUAUUAAAAACAAAUUUUAAUGUGAAGACAGUUUGCAUGAGUUUUUGUGUUAUGUUGAUUUAAAUCCAAAGGAUGUAAACUUUUGGCCAUGGCUGUAUAUACAUUGCUUUUCAUCAGUUUACAUCAUGUGACUGGAGCACUUACCAUAGACAGCACUUUGUAAUCACAUUUCUGAUUAAAACAAAAAACACUUUUACACUACUUUUGACUUUACAAAUAUCCACUUGCAAUAUUGAAUUAUUAAUUAACUGCAAUUAUUCAAUUGUCAUUACUGAACCAAAGUUAUUGUUAUUGUACUGAUUAUUUAACGGCAAAAGACACAUUUAGAAGUUUAAUUAAAUGCAUGAAAAACCUUUUCUAUGUCCUCUAGUAAUCUGUGGUUAUGUGCAAACAACUGAAAAAAAAAGUUGCUUUGUGGCCUUUGUUGUUGUCUACUCUAUUGUUUGUUAAAGGCAUAAUGUUAUCUUUUGAUAUUUUUUUACGUAUAUAAUGUGUUUUAUUGAGGCAUGCGGUUUUAUUGCCACAAAGUGGGUGUGUAUGAUAUGUUUUGAGUAAAUUGUACUUUCUGUAGUUAAGGUGUAAUGCACCUAAUCUUGUAAAUUAAAGUGCUCUACAAAGGCUUGUCACUUGUGUAUUUGACGUCAAUCUGUCAAUACAGAUUGCUUUUGAGCAGAUUUGUUGUUUGAGGGGUGCAUGCAGAUCACCAAAACUGUAUGACAAAAAUGACAUUCUGUAGAUGAUGUGGGAUGACUGAGUGAUAUAAUUUACCUUAGCCCAAAAGACUUUGUAUUAGACUUUGGUCAUCUGACUGUAUAAAAAAUCUGGCAUAAACUCAUAAUCUUUAUCUAAAGGUAACAUGACAGCAUGUCUUGACAAAACGUCUGACCUCAAGGUAAACAUUGAUCUUUUUUUUUUUUUUUUUUUUACAUAUUAACUGUAUUUGGAGGGACAUGCCUUGCUUAAAAUAUUUGAUCUAGGAAUUACACUGUUGAUGUUGAAAAUGUAUGAAUUAAAUAUUUACACUUUUCAUAAAUGGACAAAAUCUUUGUAUCUAAGGAGAUACAUUGCUCUUUUAGGUGUUACAAAGAGUUUUGUGUUAAAACACAAAGAAAUGUUAAGUAUAAGUAGAGCUGCCGAAAUUAACACAUUUACCAAUAUAUCGGACAAUUCAAAUGAAGUAUCAUUAACUGGGCAGUGCCAUCACUAAAACAGACAUUCUCCGCAGCACUUCAUGUGGAGUUUACAUCGGCACAAAUCAUGUGAAUUCAGCUUCGCAAUUGCUACAGCUAUUAAAUAGCAUCAGCCUGCCAGAUGAUUAAUAUUGUGGAGGAAGAGGGUUUAAGAGAGAGAGAGAGAGAUGUGCAACCUAUUGGGACUAUUCUUUUUAAUUAGCCAAUUUCCCUCUUAGACUUUGGGAAAUGUUUAGUGUUACUUGAGUUGGUGAUACUUUAGUGCAUUUCUACCUUUGUACUGUGGCAGGCUUUGUUUGGAAAAUGUUAUAAAGCAUUAUUAUUACAUAUUGGUUUUUUUUUUUCUUUCCCUAGAAGAAAAUAAAUGCAUUUU